AUGACUGUCCAGUAUCUUUUUUUCUUUGCCCAAGCGCACCAUGAAUUUCGCAUACCGGAACUGCUUUCACUUUCUGAAAUGUUCGGCUUUGACUUGAACUUGCCUGAAAAUCCAGAGGACCGGAAAUCCACUCGUCCUUUUCUAAUUGUUGGUCUCCAAUGCGAAAAGCACGCUCAAUUGCUUGCAAGUCGGAGUAUUUUGAUCAAAUCAGUCUACGAAUACUAUGGCCACGGAUCGACGUAUGAAGAGCUCCAUCUCUGCAAUCGCCGUAAUCGCGCCAAAUGGGCCAAAUACAUACCAGACACGUCCUUCAAGUUUCUUGUCACGGCAUACAAUCAUAAAAUACCUCAGUCACGACAAAGAGAGAUCGUUGAAAGCUUUGCCUAUAUGGGCUUCUUGGGGAAAAUAGAUAUGAAGAAUCCCGACAUCGAGCUAGCUUGUUUUGAAGAGCGCAAGUCCUACAUCGACCGACAUGGUACCACUCGAGAAAAACAUGAGGGAGAUGGCUCAUUUAGACAAGUAUAUUUUGGGAGGCUGAUCACCACUGGCUCCGCUCGCUCUCUGAUAACCAAGUUCGACGUAAAGAAGCGGUCAUACUAUGGGAACACCAGUAUGGAAGCGGAAAUCUCCCUUCUCAUGGCCAAUCAGACACUAGCAUCCCCCGGUAAGCUGAUCUACGAUCCUUUCAUGGGAACAGGAAGUAUGGCCUAUCCGACAGCUUAUUUUGGCGCGCAAAUUUUUGGAUCUGAUAUUGAUGGACGGCAAAUGAGAGGAAAAGGUGACACUCCUGGCAUCAUAAGAGCGGCCACACAAUAUGGGGUGGCAACAAGAAUUGUAGAUCUAUGUACUUUUGACAUCACACAAAAUCCUUGGCGAUGCGGAGACCUUUUUGAUGCCAUUAUAACCGAUCCUCCUUACGGCGUCCGGGCUGGUGCUAAAAGAUUAGGUCGGAAACGAGAGUUGAGUCCCGCUAGAAUGGCUGCAUACCUUGAACACAGGGCGUCUCCUAGACCGGACGACCAGCCUUACAUCCCUCCAACAAAACCGUAUGAACUUUCCCGGCUUGCCGUUGAUCUUGUGUUGCUUUCCAGAUAUUUACUUAAGCCUGGAGGGAGGCUCGUGUUUUUCCUCCCUACCGUAACAGACGAGUAUGAAGAGGUGGAUAUAUACUCUAUGCUUUGUCCUGGGAUGGGGGUCAUUGCGAACUCGUUGCAAGAUUUUGGAUCAUGGGGCCGUAGGCUCGUAACCAUACAAAAAACCACCAGUGACACCUAUCUGCCGCCUGUACUUGAAACGCAGGAACCCCCAGAACGCCCACAUGUUCCGGCCCACAAGGACUUCCGAGAAAAAUACUUUCGUGGAUUUAAACCUGACAGCUGA